UGUUGGCCGUUGGCGUCUCUUUUCCUCUCUCUCGGCGGUGCGACAUUCGCGUUUGCGUUUUCGAUUCGAUCGCUCCGGUUAAAAACGUGCUGCGGCAGGAACUGUAAAUCAUUACGCUCGGAAACGUGCUGCUGCUCGCACAGAAAAAACAGAAACUACGGAUAAAAGCGGAAUAUAGAGCUUGCCAAGUUCAAGUUUGUCCGAAACACAAAAAGUCGUAAAACGUAAAAAAAUAAAAAAAAAAAAAGAAUAAGUACAAAAUACAAAGGUUUCACCACCGCGCGCACGCAACAGCAACAGCAUUUUGUUAUUGUUGCUCUUUCCUGCCAAUUUUCGUGUGCGCUUUUGCCUUUUCCUUUAUCGUCUGUUGUUUUUAUCGACGCGUUCGUUCUCGCGUUCUUUCUCUUCUCCAGCCAGUGCGUGUGUGAGUGUGAUUCGUCCCCCCAAACCUAUAUACCUUUCUCCCUCGCUCUUCCACCGUUCGAUUCGUUUGUUGUUAUCCCCGCGCAAAAUAAAAUAUAAGAAACAUAAAAAUUUGCCCCGCAAGAUCAAGAUUUAAAACAGUAAAAAACCCUUUAUGCUAAUCAAUGAGCUGUGUCUAAAGCACAGUGGAAAAUUUCCGAAUUUCGCCAAGCGGCGACGUCAUCAGUGGUCGCUAUUAUUAUUCUUGUUGUUGUUGGCGCCCGUGGCCAAGUAAAAGGGCGUUGAAUUCGCUGCCCCGAAUGCCGAGAUUCUUGGAGCAUCCACAGUGGCCCCAGCAAGUUACCAAGCACACCAGCACCUCGAUGCCAUUACAUAUCCUGAUCAUCAAAUAGGCAGCUUUAAAUAUCCCUAGAUCCUCGGAUUGGACUUAAAUUAAACCAAAAACUAUACAAAAACACUCAAGAUGAGCUUCAGUUCGGCCAGCGGCAGGGAGAAUAAUGUCCGCAAAUUAUCCUUCCUGGGCUUUAAUACCAAAAAGAAGUCCGGCAAUGAGGAUCCCGACGAGGUUCUGCUGGACUCGGAAAUGGACAAGGUCUUUGCCGGCACCAGUUCGCGCAAAGAUAAGUUCGAUGUAAACACCUUCCAGGACAACACCCAGCUGCCCAUUGGAUCCCGCAAAAAGAAUAGCAUCCGCACAAACGAUCUGAAUAUAGAGGAGGACUCGGAGUACGAGAGCCAAACGGAGCCUUUGAACAAUGCACAAAACUACGAUGACAUCCCCGAGGACUUCCCCUUAGUCUCGGAGAGAGCUGGACACGGUGAUCACUCGGACAACUCGGUGGACGAGAAGCACGUCCAGUUUGGCGGCAAGAAGAAGAUCGUCGUCACCCCGCCCAGUUUGAGUUAUGAUGAACAGCCCACGGACCAAUCGCACGAACGUAAACGCAGAAGAAGCCGCCAUCAGUAUUAUAGACAACGUAAAUUCUCACAUCAGGACAGCGUGGAACCCAAAAAUAAGCUCGAGGAAAACGGUGAUGCAGGUGCGCGUCGCAUCUCUGUGCAGCCUGAGGACACGGCAUUGGAGACAAAUGGCCAAAUGCCGGCUAAACAGGAGGCUGAUCUCAACGAGCUGAGAUCACAUCGUUCGGACGACCCGCGUGCCUUGCGCCGACAUAAGAUUCAUCACUCAUCCAUCAAGUUGCGCGAGCUGCCACAGAUUACGAUUUCCCCUUUCACCAACAAGAAGCCCGAGGUGGACCAUAGUCCUCAUGAGGUCUUUGUGCAAUUGGACGAGCUUACGGGCGUGGGCGAGGAUCGCGAAUGGAAGGAGACGGCCCGCUGGAUCAAGUAUGAGGAAGAUGUGGAGGAGGGCUCUGAUCGCUGGGGCAAGCCCCAUGUUGCCUCCCUCUCCUUCCACUCGCUGCUCAAUUUGCGUCGCUGCCUGGAAACGGGCGUUGUCCUGCUCGAUCUCAACGAGAAGGAUCUGCCCGCCGUGGCCUAUCGCGUCGUAGAGCAGAUGGUGAUCGAGGACCUGAUCGACAUCAAUGACAAGCCCUCGGUGAUGCGUUCGCUGCUCCUGCGCCAUCGCCAUGUCAACGAACACCAGGGUGUGCUGCCCUUCACCAAGCGGAAGUACAACAGCUACACCAGCCUGCAGCAACUUAUACCCAAAUCGUUUCUUUGGAUGGGUGCCGACUCCUCCCACCAGCAAUACCAACAACAACAGCAGGCCCAACAGCCACCUCGCAAUUUGGCCAAGGCCCGGAGAAGCAUCUGCGUAACCUCCAGUGCCCCGCCCACGGCGGCGAUGCUGAAUGUGGCAACUGCCACCGCUGCAGCGGCAGCGAUUGAUCACCGACGCCACUCCACGAUGUCCUACCUGGGUAAUUUGUCUGGUGGCACGGAUGACAAGAAGAUCAAGAUCAUGCCGGCCAACGAGAUUGGCGGCAGUAAACGCAGCAAUGAGCUUAAGAUCGACAUGAAGGAUGAUAUGUACUCCUCGUCGCAGGAGGAUCUCAAGAAGCUGCAGAAUGACACGAUCCUCAAGAGAAUUCCAGCAGGAGCUGAAGCCACCACUGUCUUGGUUGGUGCCGUGGAGUUUCUGGAGCAGCCCACCAUUGCCUUUGUCCGUCUGUCGGAGGGUGUCCUGAUGCCCACCUUAACAGAGGUUCCUGUCCCCGUGAGAUUCAUGUUUGUGCUUUUGGGACCGCGUAACUUUGACUUGGACUACCAUGAAGUGGGUCGUUCCAUCUCCACGCUGAUGGCCAACGAGCACUUCCACUCCAUUGCCUAUAAGGCUGAUGAUCGCAAGGAUUUGCUAUCGGCCAUCAAUGAGUUCCUGGAUGAUUCCAUUGUCCUGCCGCCCGGUAAUUGGGAUCGUCACGAUCUGCUGCCCUUCGAGGAGUUGAAGGCCAAGAAGGAUUGGAUCCGCACGCGUAAGAUCAAGGCGCUGCAGGUGAAGCGGGACAGUGAGAUGAUCAAGAUUGGCAAGGAUGAGGAGAAGGCAUUGCUAGAGAAGCAAACGCUGGGAGCUAUCGGAUUUACGAUUGGCGGUGGCGAUGGAGGAGGUGAUGGCGGAUCGGAUGACGAAGAUGGCGGAAAGAAGAAGAAGCCCAGUCCGCUGGAGAAGACUGGCCGUUUGUGGGGUGGUCUAAGGAACGAUCUGAAACGAAGGAUGCCCAUGUACAAGAGUGAUAUUCUGGAUGGCCUGAACACGGAAACCCUGGCGGCCACCAUCUUUAUGUACUUCGCUUGCCUUUCGACCGCCAUCACUUUCGGAGGUCUCGUUUCUGCCAAGACCAACAGCUGGAUUGGUAUCUCGGAGACGCUGAUCUCUUGCUCCCUGGUGGGCAUCGUCUUCCAUUGUCUCUCCUGCCAACCGCUUGUGAUCAUCGGAACGACUGGACCGCUGCUGCUCUUCGAUGAAGCUCUAAUGGUUUUCUGUACGAAACAUGAAUUUGAUUUCCUAUCCUUGAGAGUUUACGUCGGUGUUUGGUUGAUCAUAAUAUCCCUGACGGUCUCUGCUUUCGAGGGCAGUGUCUAUGUGCGCCUCUUGACGAGAUUCACCCAGGAGAUAUUCUCGGCACUGAUCACGCUCAUCUAUAUUGUGGAAACGUUUAUGAAACUGGUUUCGAUCUACAAAGAGAAUCCCCUGCUGCCGGACUACAAUCUCCCGCCGCCGACGCUGGUUGCCCAUGACCAUGCCACCAAUAGAAGUCUUUUCAAUGCAACCGCCGGUGUGACAGCAAAUAUUACUCAGAUGGUGAUGAAUAUCUCCACGACGGCCAUGCCGAUUGGUCCACCACCGUUGCCCAAGAAUCAGCCGAACACUGCACUCUUCUGCACCAUCCUUACGUUGGCCACUUUUGUGGUCGCCUACUACCUGAAGCUCUUCCGUAAUUCUCACUUCUUGGGUCGCAAUGCUCGUCGUGCCCUCGGAGACUUCGGUGUGCCCAUUUCCAUUGCCAUCUUCGUGCUGGUGGAUUACCUGGUGCCUGCUGUGUACACGGAGAAGCUGGUGGUUCCGGAGGGUUUGUCGCCCAGCGAUCCCUCCAAGCGUGGCUGGUACAUCGGCUUCGAUACCUCCUCCACGUGGAUACCAUUUGCCUGCGUAGUGCCCGCCCUGCUGGUCUAUAUCCUUAUCUUCAUGGAAUCGCAGAUCUCCGAGUUGAUUGUGGAUAAGCCCGAUCGUGGUCUAAAGAAGGGUUCUGGCCUGCAUUGGGACAUUGUUCUGCUGUGCCUGCUUAACUGCGCCUGUGGACUGUUUGGCAUGCCUUGGCAUUGUGCUGCCACUGUAAGAUCGGUGACCCAUGUGUCCUCCGUCACCAUUAUGUCACGCACCCAUGCUCCUGGAGAAUCACCCAGGAUCGUUGAUGUGAAGGAGCAGCGUCUGUCUGGAUUCUUUGUGUGCCUGAUGAUUGGUCUCUCAGUGCUGAUGGCUCCGCUUCUGCGACUGAUUCCCAUGGCCGUGCUCUUCGGAGUCUUCCUGUACAUGGGUGUGGCCUCCAUGAGCGGAGUGCAGUUGUUCGAGCGAAUAAGACUGUAUUUCAUGCCAGUCAAGCAUUAUCCACCCACGCCAUAUGUGAAGCGUCUGCGUCCUUGGAAGUUGCAUUUGUUUACCACCAUCCAGGUGCUGUGCCUCGUGCUCCUGUGGACCGUGAAGUCGUCCCAGUUCUCGCUGGCCUUCCCCUUCUUCCUGAUCAUGAUGGUGCCCAUACGCCAGAACUUGACGGCGCUUUACAAGCCAGAGGAAAUGCAAGCGUUGGAUGGCAGCGAGAUGAAGAAGAACGAUGACGAUGAGCCCGAUUUCUAUGAACAAACCAACAUACCAGCCUAGGAUUGGUUUGCUUGGAACUUAAUUAGUGUUAGAUUGAAAGUAUUAAAGCCAAGCCACGUUUUACGCUGGCACCCAAAAACAAAAACACAAAAACAAAAACACAAAAAUCAAAUCAUAGCAAAAGCAAAGCAAAAACAAAACUAAAACAAUACAAAAUACAAAUACGAUAUAUAUUUGUUGCGAAAUUCUGGUGUGAAAGCGUUAACGAACUACCUGCAAUUAGUAUUUAGAGACAAGCCACAUACAUACACUACACACACCUGAACCACCCCAUCGCGUAUAUACAUAUAUAUACAGAUAUACAUAUUUGUAUAAUAUAUAUAGAUAUAUAGGCGGGGUGUUUGCACCUUGUGAUUGUAAGAGGUUUGGAGCUGCAGAAGAAGGCGGAAACGUGUACCUAAAUUGCAACUGAAAUCAAGAAUUAGAUUAUUAACCAGGAUGUCUUGGGGGCAGAGAGAGCAAAAGCAUAUUUUUGAGGCCAAAACCAAAAAUGGGUUGAUGGUUUAUCAAAUUUGGAAAUCGUUACCUCUGACUUGUCAGGACUAGACAAAUAUCCUUCCCACGGAAAGGAGAGUCACAAAUUUGCAUCACAAACACACAAAAGGAAACCAACUGGAGGAUGAAGUUAUUUAUUCAGUUGGAUAAAUCGCAUGUAUUAUUAGCAAUAAUUGCAUUUGCAUAUAUACACAAAAACUAUUAGAGAACUUGGCUUAGACCUUAUCAAAUCGAAGCAAUCCCAGCGUGGAAAACUAUGAGAAGCCCAUAAACUAUAUUUAAACUUCAACUGGCGUAGUGAUAAUUAGUGUCAAACACACACAAAACUUAAUCCCCCUCCUCCUAAAAUCGAACGAACAACAAUUGUUUAUAACUAAAUCGAUGUUUGAACUUCAGCCGGAGCUCUCUUUUAAAGUGAAUGCUCUGCGUGUGAAGUGGCCGCUGUAAGUUUGCCUUCUUUGUAAUUGUAGUCAGGUUAUUGAAACACCCACACACACACACACAAAAAUGAAACACACACAUUGUACUUGUACAUGACUAUGUUAUAUAUACACCAUACAUAUACUAUAUAGUACGUUUCAAAGAUUAUUCGUUCGGAGCAGCCUCGAGCUGAGAGCCUAACCCAAACUAUUUUUAUGUAACUUGUAUGUAUGAACUUGUACUUACUUCUAAGUAGUUGUUGUCUAGUAUUGUUUAUUCAAAUUCAAAUAAAAAUUUAAAAACCUAA